GAAUUUUAUUGACAUAGCGUGGUGGCGGUGUUAUCUAAUCGAUUUUGGGAACUUUUAAUUGAAUAUGCCUGUAAUUAAAAAGACGACGGGACUGGUGGGCUUGGCUGUAGCAGCUAAUGCUCAUCAUACUCUUAAUGCACUUUACGGCAAGAUCCUCAGAACUUUGCAAAAGAUGCCAGAUUGCCCAUACAAGAAAUACACUGAACAAAUCGUACGUGACAGGAGUUGUGUCGUGCAAGCGACAAAGGAUGUAUAUGAACUAGAACAAGCAAUGAAUUGUGGGCAAGCUGAGGAGUUGAUCAUUCAAGCUGAAAAUGAGUUGAAUUUGUCCAGGAAGAUGCUCAACUGGAGAUCGUGGGAACCACUUAUGGCCAAGCCUCCAAAGGGCCAAUGGGACUGGCCCCCAGAGAAACCCUAAAUUGCAUUAAUGUUAUGGCUCACUGCAGUUUACAACAUAAUGUAGAAACAAUUUGUUAACUCUUAUUUAAUGAAAUAGAAAUUGUAAUAAACAUAUUUUACUUACAUCUGUUGGCACCUGUCUGUGUGCCUAUUAGAU